AUGCACAACUCCGUCACCACCCUACCUCCCGCAACCAGACACAUAAUCACACACGAUGCCCAAGGAAAAAGCGUCAUCCAUUCCGCUCCAGCACUGCAAUAUUACGGAUAUCCCGGUCUAGGCGGCGCAUCUCGCUCCUACGCAACUUCAUCUACCCCAGUCUCCAUAGAGGGCGAAGUAGAUGUAAAAGCGUACCUCGCCCCCACCGGCCCCCAAAGCUACACAACCCGCGACAUCGUGUCCCCAGGCUCAGGCUCGCACUUGAUAGUCUGCGAGUUGGGUCCCGGACAAGCGAGCCAGAUGCAUCAGACGGUUUCUGUAGAUUACGUAGUGUGUACGCAUGGACGGUUAAAUAUGCAGACGGGGGGUGGAGAGGUGAUUGAAUUGGGACCUGGUGAUCACGUUGUUCAGAGGGGAACAAUGCAUAAGUGGAUUAAUGGGUCGGAUACGGAGCCUACGCGCUUCAUUGCUGUUACGGUGCCGUGCGAGCCGUUUAAGAUUCCGGGGACGGACAAGAUGCUACAAGAGGUGCAUGUUGAGGGGAGUGAGGUGAAGGAUUGGGAUUUGAGUAAGCUGUAA